UCAAAAUAAUGUCUCUUAGCAGAGAGGAGCAGCACAGCACCCCAGCACCACCUGGCACAGAGCCAGUGACCUCGCUUUUUCCUUCUCUUUUUUAAACAUCCUUUUCUUAGUCACCUUUUACCUUUCCUAUCCUCCCUUCUAUGGAGCUACUUUCUCCUUUUAUUUUCUCAUAGAAACGUUAAAAAAAUACCCCACCUCCUGCUUAACAAUAACCCAGAUAUGAACUAGGGUUUCUUGCAAUGCACAGAGCUUGAAUCUUCAAGUUCGCAUUGAAAACAGAAGCAAUGAGUGAAAUGGGGAAGAAUGUGCUGGUUUUGUGUUUUAUUAUGCUCUUGUUUUUUGGAGGUGUCACUUCAGUUCCUACUACUACUUCACCAGCAAAGAUUGUUGGUGGGCUUUUCUCAAAUGUCGUGUCUGCUCUCAUGAAGUGGUUGUGGUCUCUGAAGGCCACCACCAAAACAGUGAUCUCUGGUCGUCCAAUGAUGAAGUUUGAGAGUGGGUAUACUGUGGAGACUGUGUUUGAUGGAAGCAAGCUUGGGAUCGAGCCUUACUCCGUGCAGGUGUUGCCCAGUGGAGAGCUUCUGAUUUUGGAUUCUGCUAACAGUAACAUUUACAGGAUAUCUGCUUCCUUGUCUCUCUACAGCAGACCUAAGCUGGUUGCUGGAUCCCAUGAAGGAUACUCUGGACACGUGGAUGGGAAGUUAAGAGAGGCAAAGAUGAACCACCCAAAAGGGCUUACUGUAGAUGACAGAGGAAACAUUUAUGUUGCAGACACCAUGAAUAUGGCAAUCAGGAAGAUAAGUGAUGCAGGGGUUACAACAAUUGCUGGAGGGAAAUGGGGCCGAGGGAGCCAUGUUGAUGGGGCAAGUGAAGAUGCAAACUUUUCUAAUGAUUUUGAUGUGGUUUACAUAGGAAGCAGUUGCUCCCUACUUGUUAUAGACAGAGGAAAUCGAGCCAUCAGGGAGAUCCAGCUGCAUUUUGAUGACUGUGCUUAUCAAUAUGGAAGUGGUUUUCCUCUUGGAAUUGCAGUGCUAGUAGCAGCUGGCUUCUUUGGUUACAUGCUAGCACUGCUGCAACGUAGGGUGGGAAUGAUUGUUUCUCCUCAGAAUGUUUCAAUGAAAAUGAGCACUACAGGAAUUCCUUACCAGAAGCCUAUCAAAUCGAUCAGGCCACCUUUAAUCCCUACCGAGGAUGAACAGGAGAAGCAUGAAGAAGGCCUAUUUGGAUCACUUGGCAAGCUUUUCAUCAACACUGGGGCUUCGGUUAUGGAAAUUUUCGGAGGUAUAGUCCCCAGUUUUAGGAAGAAGCCAGUAAGCUAUCAAUAUCAAAACUACCAGCAGCAGCAGUAUCAGCAUCAGAAGCAAUUGUCUUCUUGGCCUGUACAAGACAGCUUUGUGAUACCAGAUGAAGACGAGCCUCCUUCAAUUGAAUCCAGAACCCCAACACCAAGGAAAACCUACCCAUUCAUGUCGAAGGAUACGGAGAAGAUGCACCAAUGGCGGCAAGGUCGUUCCAUCUAUAGUGGGUGGGAUGGUGAUUUACAGCAGCAGCAGCAUCAGCAUCAUCAUCGGUAUCAAUCCUCUACACCACAUACUUACUAUGAGCAAAGCUAUGAGAAAACCAAUGAGAUUGUAUUUGGGGCAGUUCAAGAGCAGGAUGGGAAGUAUGAAACUAUGGUGACAAAGCCCGUUGAUUAUGGAGAUCCAAAACACUACCACCACAACAUUCGUUCUCGAACCAAUUCUCUCCAUUAUGCUAAGGGGUAUUAAGUAUGUGACAUUCUGAGAUUUUGGAGCUAUAACCUAAUUCCAUCUUGAUAUGAGUGCUUCAGGAUAUACAUGGUGUCGGGAUUUAUUCUCAAGAAUGAAGUAUUUUUGGGAGCUGCUCAGUGCUUUUUAGGGUUUAAUCGGUCUGGUAAAAAUAUUAUAGGCCUGUUGUAUUACCUGGUGUUUUGAUAAAUUAUGAAAAUGCUUGGCUUUGA